UUGUCUCCUUCCUGUCUCUCGAUUGCGAAGUACCAGCCGCCCAUUGCGUGCCACUCUGCCGCCUCUCUGCAACUUAUCCGGCUGCUUGACCGCUCCGAAACCCGGCCAGUCCUGACACAGGGUCAGCGUCUCAACCACCACCAGCGGCAGCACGCAAUCGGCUCAGCCUGACCGUCACCGGCAAGCGAGCCCAAUGCUUGCACGGGCCAUCUAACCUGGUACCAACGCAAGACAGCCAUUUGCUUGCGUUCCCGCCCUGCCGCCCCUAUGGAAGACUUCCAAUCUUCCACCAUCCCUCAUGGCCACCCGCCACUCCCGAGGCACGAUGGCAUCGAACCCUCGACAGAUGACGCCGACCGGGCGUUGCUGAGAGACGGGUCCACAACGCGACAUAAGAGCACUCCAGCUCUCAACCGGGAGGUCGACGACCAAGAUCACACGGUAGACACCGCCAAAAACUGCACACAUCUACGGCCGGAGGAGGAGGCACGGCAUCGAUCGCGCGGCAGCCUAAACAACAUGUCGUCGUCACUAAUCGGGAAGACGGUCACGCCCUUCUUGAAGGAGCACAUUCCGACCAUGUACGCGCCCGUCGGGCGAUCGAGAAACGAGCAGUCCGCGAGAGAGAAGAACCCAAACACGAAAUACUGCUACCGCCACCGACCCGACUCGAAAUGUCGACGAGCCGCCGACGAAGCCAAGAUGGUCAUGAUACAACAAGAGCUGGAUAAACUCACCUCGGCGGAUCAACAAGCCAUCACCCACGUAUGGUCGUUGUUCUCCGCUGCGCCAUCCCGCCACCGCGAGCUGAUGCUGCAGGGUGUCCUCGCCCAGCUCUGCUUCCCCCAGCUCUCGCUCGUCUCCCGCGAGGUGGGCGAAGCCCUCAAGAUCGACUUCAUCACUGCCCUACCCGUCGAGAUCGCGCAAAAGGUGCUCUGUUUCCUCGACACCGUGAGCCUCACCAAGGCCGCCCAGGUCAGCCAGCGGUGGCGCCUGCUAGCAGACGACGACGCCGUGUGGGUGCGCAUGUGCGAGCAACACGUGAACCGGAAGUGCACCAAAUGUGGCUGGGGGUUGCCCCUCUUGGAGCGGAAGAAGCUGCGAAACUACACGCGGGCGCGCCAGUUGGCAAAGAAUAAUUCCAAUGGAAGGAUCCAGGAACUCACCGACUUGCCGCGAACAGACGCCCAGGAGCUUCCGUCGGGGAAGCGACAAAUCGAAUCGACCGAGAGCCCCGAUGGCAAGCGGCGGUGUAUCGUCAAGCUACCGGAGGAAGAGACGAGAACCCGGAGCUGGAAGGCCGUGUACAGGGACCGGUGGCAGGUCGGAUACAACUGGAAAUAUGGGCGAUGCUCGGUCAAGACGCUCAAGGGUCACACCAACGGCGUGACAUGUCUCCAACUGGACGACAACAUCCUCGCGACUGGGUCGUACGAUGCUACUAUUAAGAUCUGGAACAUUGAGACGGGCGAGGAGAUUCGCACACUUCGCGGCCAUGCACGCGGCAUCCGCGCUCUGCAGUUUGAUGAUUCCAAGUUGAUCAGCGGCAGCCUGGACAACACUAUCAAGAUCUGGAACUGGCAUACCGGUGAAUGCAUAUCAACGCUGCAGGGCCAUACCGAUGGCGUUGUUAGCGUACACUUCGACGCGCAGCUCCUUGCUAGCGGGUCGAUCGACAAGAGCGUCAAGAUCUUCGACUUCAACUCGAAGGAGGCCUUCUGCCUGAAGGGCCACACGGACUGGGUCAACUCGACGCGGCUCGACAUCAGCAGCAGGACUGUCAUGUCAGCCUCGGAUGACACAACGCUGAAGCUCUGGGACUUGGACACUAGGCAGGUCGUCCGGACCUUCGAAGGCCACGUCGGCCACGUUCAACAAAUCCUGCUCCUCCCGCCAGAGUAUGAGCCUGACGACGAGCUGGUGACGGGCCUCGCCGGGCCGGGCGACAAUACCGACGCCCUCUCGACCGCGAGCGGAGGUGACGGGAACUCAACAGCAGCGUUCAUGCACCCGGAACGGCGCAGCAACUCGCCCUCUCGCGACGAGGACAUCCGCCAGAUGUACGGCUCGUCCUUCGCCUCGGACCCUUCCCGCCCUCUACCCCCGCGGUAUUUCCUGUCCGGCGCCCUCGACAGCACGAUCCGGCUCUGGGACAGCGCGACGGGCCGGUGCCUCAAGACCAUGUUCGGCCACCUCGAGGGCGUCUGGUCGCUGGCCGGCGACACGAUCCGCGUCAUCAGCGGCGCCAACGACGGCAUGGUCAAGUGCUGGGAGCCGCGCAGCGGCAAGUGCGACGCCACCUUUGUCGGGCAUCGGGGCCCCGUCACCUGCGUCGGCCUCAGCGACAGCCGCAUGGCCAGCGGCAGCGAGGACGGCGAGAUCCGCAUCUACUCGUUCAAGGAUAUCGGGAGCGCUGCUAAUGGCCAGUGUGUGCUGGAUUGCGGAACCCCGAGUUAGGACUAGGCGCCACUGUGCUGCUGCGUUCGACAUGGAGCGGCGUUCAACAUUUGGGCCGCUGCCGGAGGGAAGGGAUGGGAGUUUGGAAGGUUUCCUUUUUGGUCUUGGGUUUCCCC